AUGUAUCGCUAUGCUGCGGGCAAGCUCCCCUUGCGAGCUGCGCAAGCUUCAAGGGCUUUCUGCACUUCAUCCAAUGUCAGCGUGGUCUCCGGAGGUCGUCGCAAUGCCCUCGUCGCCGGGUGGAAACCACUAGCUGUCAUGGCUCACAGCUCAAUGCAGCGCAGGAGCUAUGCUAUGGCAGCUGAAGAGAGCAACAAGGGGGUGGAUCCUAACGAUUCCUUCCUGCAAGGCAACACCGCGAACUACAUCGACGAAAUGUACAUGGCAUGGAAGCAAGACCCGUCGUCUGUCCAUGUCUCGUGGCAAGCCUACUUUCACAACAUGGAAGAAGGGACGAUGCCCGUGUCGAAAGCAUUCCAGCCUCCUCCGGGCCUCAUUUCCCAAGCUGAAGGGGCAGCCAGCCUCGCUCCCAGCGCAGUGGCCGGCACUGCAGGCGAAGACGUCACAAAUCACUUGAAAGUCCAGCUGCUUGUCAGAGCAUAUCAGUCAACCGGACAUCACAAAGCCAAGACCGAUCCUCUUGGUAUCCGUGGCGAGGCAGAAGCAUUUGGAUACCGCAGACCAAAAGAGUUGGAGCUGGAUCACUAUGGCUUUACGGAGGCCGACCUGGACCAAGAAUUUGUCCUUGGACCAGGUAUUCUCCCCAGAUUUGCCACCGAGUCGCGGAAGAAGAUGAAACUGCGUGAUAUCAUCGCUGCCUGCGAGAAGAUCUAUUGCGGGUCAUAUGGUGUCGAGUACAUCCACAUUCCGGAUCGAGAGCAAUGUGACUGGAUCAGAAACCGGAUUGAAGUGCCAACCCCGUACAAAUACUCUGUGGAUGACAAGCGCCGCAUCCUCGACAGACUGAUCUGGAGCUCCAGCUUUGAAGCUUUCUUGGCCACAAAGUACCCCAACGACAAGCGCUUUGGAUUGGAAGGUUGCGAGACUCUCGUUCCGGGCAUGAAAGCCAUGAUUGACAGGAGCGUGGACUAUGGGAUCAAAGACAUUGUCAUUGGGAUGCCGCACAGAGGAAGACUGAACGUUCUGAGCAACGUCGUCCGCAAACCCAACGAGUCCAUCUUUAGUGAAUUUUCGGGCACCACUGAGGCAAGUGACGAAGGCUCCGGUGAUGUCAAGUACCAUCUCGGCAUGAACUUUGAACGACCGACGCCGUCUGGCAAGCGCGUCCAACUGUCCCUGGUUGCCAAUCCUUCUCACUUGGAAGCCGAGGAUCCCGUUGUGCUGGGAAAAACCAGGGCCAUUCAACACUACAAUGAUGACGAGAAGAAACACCAAACAGCGAUGGGUGUCUUGCUUCACGGUGACGCUGCCUUCGCGGCUCAAGGGGUGGUCUACGAAACGCUGGGUUUCCAUGCUCUCCCUGCGUACUCCACUGGUGGUACGAUCCACAUCAUCGUUAACAACCAGAUUGGGUUCACCACCGAUCCCAGAUUCGCCCGAUCGACUCCUUACUGCUCGGAUAUCGCCAAGGCAAUCGACGCCCCUGUUUUCCAUGUCAAUGGCGACGAUGUAGAAGCUGUCAACUUCGUCUGCCAACUGGCUGCUGACUGGAGAGCUGAUUUCAAGAAAGACUGCGUCAUCGACAUUGUCUGCUAUCGGAAGCAGGGUCACAACGAGACGGAUCAACCGGCCUUCACUCAACCGCUCAUGUACAAGCGAAUAGAGUCCAUCAAGCCUCAAAUCGACAAGUAUGUUGACAAGCUGAUCGAGGAGGGCACCUUCACCAAAGAAGACAUCGACGAGCACAAGAAAUGGGUUUGGGGAAUGCUCAAUGACAGCUUCGAUCGAAGCAAAGACUAUCAACCUACGGGCAAGGAAUGGCUGACCUCCGCCUGGAAUGGCUUCAAAUCGCCCAAGGAGCUCGCCACCGAAGUCCUUCCCCAUCCUCCCACUGGAGUUCCAUCUGAUAUGCUGAAAGAGAUCGGGGCAAAGAUUGCUGAUGCCCCGGAGGGUUUCACCGUCCAUCGUAACCUCAAACGUAUUCUCGCUGGUCGCAAGAAGGCUGUUGAGGAGGGCAAGGGCAUUGAUUGGUCGACGGCUGAGGCUCUCGCCUUCGGCACCCUUUGUCUUGAAGGUCACCAUGUUCGUGUGUCCGGCCAGGAUGUUGAGCGAGGCACCUUCUCCCAGCGUCAUGCUGUUUUGCACGACCAGGAGACCGAAGCGACCUGGACACCUCUCAAUAAUCUUGCCAAAGAGCAAGGAGCCUUUACUAUCUCCAACUCGUCCUUGAGUGAGUACGGAGUUUUGGGUUUUGAAUAUGGCUACUCUCUCUCGUCGCCCAAUGCGCUUGUCAUGUGGGAAGCGCAAUUUGGAGAUUUUGCCAACAACGCCCAAUGUAUCAUUGAUCAAUUCAUCGCAUCGGGAGAGGUCAAGUGGCUGCAAAGGUCUGGCCUCGUCUGCUCCCUCCCUCAUGGUUAUGAUGGACAGGGACCUGAGCACAGCAGUGGCCGCAUGGAACGGUAUCUGCAACUCUGCAAUGAGGAGCCUCGAGUAUUCCCGUCACCAGACAAGCUUGAUCGACAGCACCAAGACUGCAACAUGCAGGUGGCAUACAUGACGACGCCGUCCAACUACUUCCACAUUCUCCGACGACAGAUGAACAGGCAGUUCAGAAAACCAUUGAUUGUGUUCUUCUCGAAAUCGCUUCUUCGCCAUCCUCUUGCCCGGUCCGACUUGGAAGACUUUACGGGCGAUUCCUACUUCCAAUGGAUCAUCCCAGAUCCAGAGCACGGCAAGGGAAUCGUUGAGGCAGACGAGAUUGACCGCGUCGUCUUAUGCACGGGUCAAGUGUAUGCAGCUUUGCAUAAGCACCGUGCGGACAAGGGCAUCAAGAACGUUGCAAUCACCCGCAUCGAGCAGCUCAACCCCUUCCCAUGGGCACUAUUGAAAGAGAAUCUCGACACUUAUAAGAACGCCAAGACGAUCGUUUGGUGUCAGGAGGAGCCUCUCAACGCUGGAGCAUGGAGUUUUGUUCAACCACGGAUUGAAACGCUACUGAAUGAGACGGAGCACCACAACAGACGGCACGUCAUGUACGCAGGCCGAGAUCCUAGUGCCUCAGUCGCGACGGGUCUGAAAGCCACCCACAUUAAGGAAGAGCAAGCACUGCUCAAUGACGCCUUCACGGUCACGCAGGAUAAGCUGAAGGGUGAAUGA